AUGGAGGUGACGCACGGCGGGCCGCUGCCAGAGGUGCGCACCCUCCUCCUCGAGAGCACAGGCCCGGUCUUCAGCUCGGGCCACGACUUCAACGACUUCCACGAGGCGCCGGCCGCCGAGCAGCGGCGCGUGCUCGAGAUGUGCGCCGACGUCAACGCGCUGCUGGCCGAGGUGCCGCAGGUGAGCGUGGCGGCGGUGAGCGGCGCGUGCGUGGCGGGCGGCGCGCAGCUGGCGGCCUCGUGUGACCUCGUGAUCGCGCGCGACGACGCGCGCUUCUGCCUGCCCGGCGUGCGCACGGGCGGCUUCUGCCACACGCCCGCGGUGGCGGUCGGCGCGCGCGUCGCGCCGCGCAAGGCGCUCGAGCUCGCGCUGCUCGCGUCCGACGUCGACGCAGUCGAGGCCGAACGCAUCGGCCUCGCCAACUCGGUGGUCCCUUCGGCGGAGUGGGCGAGCGCCGUCGAGCAGACGGUCAACCAGCUGGCGCGCACCUUCAGCAAGUCGGUCGCGGACGGCAAGCGGACCUUUUACCGCCAGGCAGCCGCGCCCGCCCUUCGUGACCGGUACGCUGUCGCCACCGACACGAUGGUCGACAUGUUCUCGUCCCCAGCCUAUCAGGAGAGCAUGGCCGCCUUCUUGAGGCGAAAGGAGUGA